UAACGUUGCGUUUCAUUGUCCGCGCCAAUCUCCAAAAAGUCUUUUCUUUGUUUCUUUUGCUCUCUGCUUUCUCAUAUUUAUUUUAAAUCUCAAAAAAGAGACUUCGAGGAAAGACAAAGACGGAGCCAAACCCCAAAACAUUAUAAAGUGAAAAGACGACAGGCGUGCAACCAUCUCCGCAUAAAACCUCUUUGUUGCUUAGCUUCAUUCUGGGACUGUGUCUCUCUCUCUCUCCUCUGCUCAAAAAUCUCAUUCUCAAUCUCAAUCCAAUCGCCCAGUAACAGAUACGCCUAUGGAUAUCCCUUUCUCUUUGACCACUCCCUUUUCUUCUUUCGCCUUCCCAUUCCUCAAAUGACAUAACCCUUUCUCCUCCUUUUUCUUCCAACAAAACACCCCCAUGGCUCUCCCGGAUGAUGAAGCCCAGGUUCAGGAGAUUGAAACCCAGUCCUACGUUCUCGAUGCCCUGUUCUGUGAAGACCUCUGCUGCGACGAAGAUUUCGAUGGAAAUGGGAACGUUGAAGAUAGCGAUUACUGGGAAACUCUGAGAAAGGACCAGCCUUUUCUCGCUAUUAAUUUGCUGGAAAAAGACCCACUUUGGGAGGAUGAUGAAGAAUUGCAGUCUCUAAUUUCAAAAGAAGAGCAAACCCAUGUUUGUAAUGCUUCUGUUACCUCUGAUGGGUAUCUAAUUCAGGCUCGGAAUGAGGCAUUGUCCUGGAUUUUUAGUGUAAAACAUUACUACGCUUUCUCUGCUUUCACCUCUCUUCUUGCUGUUAACUACUUCGAUAGAUUCGUUUCAAAUGUGAGGUUCCAGAGGGACAAGCCAUGGAUGAGUCAGCUUGCAGCUGUUGCUUGCCUCUCGUUGGCUGCCAAAGUGGAGGAGACCCAGGUCCCCCUUCUCCUGGACCUUCAAGUGGUAGAAUCCAAGUUUUUAUUUGAAGCUAAGACCAUACAGAGAAUGGAGCUGCUGGUGUUGUCUGCCCUUCAAUGGAAGAUGCAUCCAGUUACUCCCUUUUCCUUUCUUCGUCACAUUAUCAGGAGGUUGUCUCUGAAGGACCAUAUGCUUUGGGAGCUUCUUGGGAGGUUUCAGAGCCAUCUCCUCUCUAUAAUAGCUGCAAUGGUCAUUCCACUGCCAGAUCAUAGAUUCUUGUGCUACCUGCCUUCUGUCUUGGCCACCGCUACAAUAUUGCAUAUCAUUAAUGAGAUUGAGCCAUGUAAUUUCUUGGAAUACCAGAAUGAGCUCCUCAGUGUACUUAAAAUUAAUAAGAAUCAUCUAGAUGAAUGCUACAAGGUCAUCCUUGAUUCACUUGGCAGUAAUGGCAGUGUCAAUAGCUAUCAAAUGUGUGGACUGGGUAGCCCACGCGAUGUUAUGGACGGAUACUUCAUCUCUGACUCCUCGAAUGAUUCAUGGCCAAUGGUACCAUCCGUCUCACCGUAGCCUAACACUCAUUGAGAAAGCGCGCCAUUUGGCCUAUGAAAUCUCUCUUGAUGCUCCUACUUCCUACCAGCCUUCUGCUGAAGCAAUACUCUUGAAAUUGUUCUGGGACUCUCUUCACUUUUCACAUGCAUUAUAUAAUAUGAUGUCCAAUUUGUUUUUGUUGUCGUUGCCUAUUGGGGAAAAAAACUGGUGAGACAAGGAAUCAUUGCUCUGAAGAUGUGUAUUAGUUCUUUCACUGGUGGUGGGGAGAAACAAAGUGGGAUUGAGGAGGGGAAGAUCUUGGUUGGGUUUCUAUGUUGAGUUAUGAAUAGUCUUUUCAUGUACUCCAUCUUGGAUAUAGUACUACUUCAAUUUGAGACCAUAUUAUUUGUAAAUUCAAA